UUGUUUGUUUUGUUAGUGGCUAAUAAUUGAUGUUUAAGAAACAUCAUUUCUUAGACCAGCCAAAGAUAUUAUUUUGAAGAUGUCUUAUAAUCGCCCAAAUAAAGUCCUUUUAGAACUUGUAUUCGAAUUAUAAUUCAUUUGCUUACACCAUACACACGUGCGUGCGUGCGUGCGUGCGUGCGUGUGUGUGUGUGUAAAAUCAUCAUAGUACUUAGGCCCGGUUCCACAAAUUCGAGUUUAAACUGAGUUUAAAUAAACGGUCGUUAAGUUUAGCACCACAGUUAAACUAGUAUUGCGUUCUACAAUGUGUUUUUAACUGUAGGUUACAUAAACUUAUACUCUGUAUGAAGAAAGUCUUAAAAAUUUUACUUUCUUCUCAAACACGGAAUGUGAUUGGUUAAUAAUUAAUGAAAGGCAGGAAGAUGAAACAAGCACACUGUAAUCUCAUGUACAGGUUAUGUGCAUGAGAUCACAGUGUGUUUGUUUUUAUCUUCCCGCCUUUCAUCAGAGAAAUACAGUAAAAUGUGAAAUGAAAGUGUAAAUGAAAGUGCAAUCUAAUAAAAAAAGAUUACCCAAUUUUUCAAAUGUAGAAAAAAUAAAACUAAUCGAAUUAGUAGAGCAAGAAAAAAAUAUCAUUGAAAAUAAAAAGACUGAUAACGUAAGUGUAAAAGACAAAGAGAAAUGUUGGAUAAACAUCACAAAGAAAUUUAACAGUGGUUGUAUCUCAGGACAUCGAGAUAUGGGUUGUCUAAAAAAUUGUUGGGACAACUUGAAAAAAAAAACUCGUAAACAUUAUGCUGAAAUUCGUAGUGAACUUUUCAAAACAGGUGGUGGACAAAUGAAUAUCAUCAGAGAUGACCCUAUUGCUGAAAUGGUCAAAAAUAUUAUUCAGCCAUCGGUUGAAGGUUUACAAAAUAGAUUUGACAGCGAUUAUAUGCCAGACACAGAUGAUCUACAGUACAGCAAAGAAUUGGAAAAUGAAGACUGUUAUCAAGUUGAAAUGCUAGAAGAAGAAAAUUUAAAUGCAGUAACUUGGGCUGAAUGGACACCAGCUAAGCUGAGUUCUGAAAAAAGCAAAGAAUUGCAAUUUUCAAACAACAAUGAAAAUAACGAUGGAACUGACAACUCAUUGUCAUUUGAAGAUAUCGAAACAUUCUGUACACAAUCUUCUAGUAAGAAAAACUGUGAUCCUCCAACAAAUAAUUCAUCACAACCAAAUUUGAAACGUAAAAAAUCAAAACAGCUUGAAGUAACUUCUUCCAAACAAAAUGAACAGUUUUAUGAUCUUGCACAAUCUAAAUUAGAGUAAGUGGAAUUAAUAAAAGAAAAUUUUCGUAAAAUAUCGCCAAUACAAAUAUCAAUUUACCAAAAACAAUAAGAAAAAGAAAAACUUUAUGUUGAAAUACUUAAAAAACAAUUGAAAUUUUAUAAAAAAUAAAUUUGUUUCUUUUUUCCUUAUGUCUACAGUUUCUAUUUGAAUCAUAUUGAGCAUGUUCUUAUGUUAAAAGUUUUUAUAUUUAUUGAAAUUAUUAUUUUAUUUUAUACUGAAUACCAAAGAAACUGUAAAUUUUUAUUUUAAAGUUUAUUUCAAAGAAACUAUAAAUUUUUAUUUUC